AUGAGCCUCUCCUUCUAUUCUUUAUUGAACUCUCUUUCUAUCCCUCGUUCGUUCUCUCGUUCGUUCUCUCUCGUUCUCUCUUUCUCGUUCUCUCUCUCUGUCUCUUUCUCUCGUUCUCUCUCGCUCUCUCGUUUUCUCUCUUCCGUUCUCUCUCUGCCGUUCUCUCUCUCCCUCCCAUUCUCAAUCUCCCGUUCUCACUCUCCCGUUCUCUAUCUCCCGUUCUCUCUCGUUCUCUCUCUCUCUCUCUCUCUCUCUCUCUCUCUCUCUCUCUCGCUCUCUCUCUCUCUCUCUCUCUCUCUCUCUCUCUCUCUCUCUCUCUCUCUCUCUCUCUCUUUCUCUCUCUCUCGUUCUCUCUCUCUCGUUCUCUCUCUCUCGUUCUCUCUCUCUCGUUCUCUCUCUCUCUCUCUCUCUCUCUCUCUCUCUCUCUCUCUCUCUCUCUCUCUCUCUCUCUCUCUCUCUCUCUCGUUCUCUCUUUUCCGUUCUGUCUCGUUCUCUCUUUCUCGUUCUCUCUUUUCCAUUCUGUCUCGUUCUCUCGUUCUCGUUCUCUCGUUCUUUUUCUCUCACGUUUUUUUCUCGUUUCCUUUCCAUUUUUUUUAA